GAUUAUCUCGCACAUAACCCCUCCAUCACCAACCCCGGUUUCCCAUUCCUUUCAUCUCCAUCCUAAUCUGCGUCUCCAAACUAAAUCGUGGGCACAGAAAUCAAAUCACCACCUCAACCGGUUUUUUUUUGGUACACGUCUGAACAGACAUUUAACAUCACAAACGCAACCUACCGACACUAGGUUAAACAGUAGUCCCAUCAAUUAUGGAAUUAAUGGAGAACCAAAAUCCCAAUAACUUGCGGCUUCCCAGCUUACCAGGUCUUAACACAAGACCACAUCAAUCAUCUCAAAUCCCUCUACCACUGAUGCCGCAAAGUGGAUCAAUGCUGACAGGACAGAUAGUCCUCCCACCACUUUCAACCCCACUGCUGGCUCCACCUCUGGCAUCCAUGGUGGACAACUAUGCACUUGAGAAGCGCUUUUCGGUAUCGUCGUCAAUAACGGGCUCCCGAAACCCUUCCCAAUCCGGGGACCCACGCGUCGAGUCUCCUACGGCCUACGUGUCGCCUAAGGCCACUACUACUCCGGACGUCAAGCCGCUGGCGGCGCCUAAUGCCAAUUCAGUUGCCUAUCUGAGACAUGACCUCGCUUAUAGACAUGAACACCUGGCAUCUUCCCGCCUUGACAGCCUGGCCUCUACCCGUAUGGAUGACAGCCCCAAGUAUCAUCCGGAGUAUAUGCAUUACCCGUUCCCACAACAGUACAUGCCAUACCAGAAGCCCUAUCAAAUGACUCCGGGAUAUCAAUACCCAAUGGGGCAGAUGUCGGGUAUGGGGCCUGGUGGCAUGCCUCCACAGAUGCCUCCGCAAAUGAACCCCCAAAUGAACCCCCAAAUGAACCCCCAAAUGAACCCCCAAAUGAACCCCCAAAUGAACCCUCAAUUGGGGAACAUGGGCCCUAUGCUGCACUAUCCGCUCUAUCAUAUGCCUAAUUCGGCUGUCCCUAUGGGUAUGAAUAUGAAUAUGAACAUGAACGUGCCUGUGUGGUACGAUGAAAAUCAUGCGUUGUUACAUAAGCGUCGGAUCAUUAAACGUCGAACCCGGACUGGUUGCAUGACCUGUCGGAAGAGACGUAUCAAGUGUGACGAACGUAAGCCUUACUGCUAUAAUUGUGAACGCAGUCGAAAAGUGUGCUUGGGAUAUCAAGACCUUUCCAAAAAGAAGAACGACGAUGAAGCAGAAGACUCCGAGAAUAGAAGUGAUCAGGAGUCAGACCAUCAUCAUGGCCUGCACCAGCAUGCGAACCCCUACAACCCUUCUCAUGACCCUGCUGAUGACCCUUCCCAUACCCAUGCCAAAUAAGAAACCUUGUGAUCAAGAUCACAUUACGAUCUCCAAUGUACACUAUGACCAUAACGGACACAUGCCACCACUCAAACCUAGGCUUCAACGGCACACGGCGGUAUUCCCGCCCUUGUAUUUUAUUAGAUUUGUACUAUUUUUGUAACAACUUUUCAGUUCUGUAUAUCUCGUAUAUGGUGUUAACACUUAAUUCUUUGAAUCCUUGUAAAUCAAGGUUGAAAAGCACGUCACGAACCACGUUGAAGUCACUAAAUUUGUUGACAUCAACCGAGUGGUGAAUAUUGUUGCGGACACCGUGGCUUGAGUCGUUGGCGUUGAUGAUCGAAAACGGCAUCAUUUGUUGGAUCUGCCGGUAAUAUUCCUUGAGUUCCAGGUCUACAUCUUCUUCAUCCACAAACGCCUUGAAGUCGAACACCUUCAACUUGUUGGUAGCCACCGACUGCUGAAUAAGCGAUUUCUGCUGCUGUAACUCAGGAUAGUUGAGCAUAUCACAUUUCGACACGCACACCACCAAAUUACACUUGUGCUGAAUUCUGGAAAUGAGCUCCACCUCAAGAGGUUUCAACCCUUUCAUUAUGGGGUCAACGAGGAGCACCACCAAAUGGAUAAGCCCUUCCUUUGUACACCGGCUGCGGGCGAUUUUUGACUCUUCGGCGAGUUUCUGUUCUAAUUUCUCGUCCAAGAAAUCGACGAUCUUCUGGAAACUUGAGUAGUUAUUCAACUCAGCCCCGAAAUUUUCGGUUCUGUGAACAGUCAAGCGGAUCGGAUAUUCUUUGCGUAUAAUCACCUCGUUGGUCGCCACAUGAAACUCGGACGUUGAGGAGGUGGUAUCAGUGAUGUCGAAAACAGCUUCCUCACACAAGGUGUUAAUGAAGCUUUUCUUGCCAACUCCGUUUUCGCCAAUCAACAACAAGUUGAAGUCCACAAAUCUCUUGGAUAUACGGCGAGUGUUAAGCUCGUGAGCGGACUGGACCGUUAGUACUAUCUUGUGAAUAGUUUAAUGACUGUUACGUACAUAUUGCAUCUUUGUGGAGUGAACCAAAAUAUUGGUGGUUUUUACAAAUUUCGCAGCCAUCUGAAAAAAUAUAUAUUAACUGAGCAAGUUCAUCUGUUCAAUCGAGUAAUCUAAAAUAUAGCUUUCUUCGAUCAAAUUCUCCACCCGGUUCAAGUGUCGUUCGUUAUAUGGAAUCAAGCUGUCUAUUAUUGCCAUCAACUUGGAACUGUUAAGCUUGUCCAAGCUCAAAUGGUUCAACAUCAAGUAAAGUAAGUUUUGACUGACUUCGAAGUUCUUGAAGUUUAUGUUCCAGUUCUUGAUUUUGGUGAAUAGUGACACCAACUGCACGUCGUUCAACUGGGUGAGGAUAUCGAUGAGUUCCUCAUGCUGGUUGUUUUCGAAGAUCUUGGUAAAUAUCUCAAAUAACUUCAUCGAGUAGUUCAACUCCAAGGCCACCAAAAUGGCAUUUUUGAAGUUUCCCUGACUAAUAUAAUUGUUUAGCCGUUGGUCAUUUUCAAUCUUCAACUUCUGCUCAUCCUCCUUCAACUUACCCAUCUCUUCCGAGUUGUCAUCGAAUAAACUGAUUUGUCCGUUGGCAUCACAGGUGACAAACUGUAACCCAUCAUUAGCAAUAUCCAACGCCCAAAUCCGAUUACUGUGAUUAUCCAACGUUUUUAAGCACUCCCCACUCUUGCUAUCCCAGAUCUUGAUUAAACCAUCGGCUCCAGUGCUGAUUACCUGGGUUCCCUUGUUCAUGAACUUGGCUCUUUGCACAGCAUUUGUAUGACUUUCAAAGUUCUGCUCGAUCUGAAAGUUGAGCAACGACCACACUUUGGCAGUUUUGUCUCCACUAGAGGUGACAAUCUUUUUGUCGUAGGGACUGAAUUUGAUAUCCCAUAAUCCUCUUUUGUGGCCUUUCAACACCCCGAUGGUUUCUCCCGACUCCAAAUGCCAUAUUUUACCCAACUUGUCGUAUGAGGCGGUAGCAACAAAUUCAUCGUUGGGAGACACGUCAAUGGAGUUGAUGUCCUUAUCGUGAGCUCUCCGAGUGUACUCACUCGACUUUACCACUUGGACUUCGUCACCAGCUGGCUUGGGAAUCUUCCACUUUUUGAUGGUUAAAUCACCAGCAGCACUCACCAAGAAACGAGGAUAUUCGUUAACAGGAGUCCGGGGUAAUCCCAAUGCUGAAACAGAGCCAACAUGGCCCUUAAAGACCGCAUAGGCCUUGAACCUUUGGACUUCUUCAUCGUAUCUCCACAACCUAACCUCACUGUCU